ACGCAGUGUGUCAGUCAGUCGCGUACGUACGCCGGCGGCCGGUCCGUCUGUCGUGUCCGUCUGUGUGUCCACACGUCUCCGUGGCCGUGGUUGUCCGUUCGUCUGUUCGUCCGUCCGUCCAUCCACGCCGCGUCCACCAGCCAUCCAGUGUCCGUCGUCGUGUAGUUACAAAUAGUUUUUUUUUCCAUUCUCGUCGCCGCCGCCGUCGCAUUUGAAUUUUCUCGGUCUCGCCAUCGUCGCUGGCCGCCCCUCAUCCCCUUCCCACCUGUUCGCCGAAAACGCAACGCGACGUGUUCCUCAUUUGACCGUUUUAUGCAUACUCUGUCGGUUUUCCCGUUCUGCGACGCCUCAAACGUCGACCGGUCCGCCACUGCGCCCCGAGUCUUCCGACCGCCUCACCCGAUUCCGCCUCCGUCGCGACCGUUUCCAGCGGUCCAUCGUGAUCUUCAAAAAGUUUUUUGGUGCACUGUUCCUUCCCCGUGACGCGUUGCGAGCCGUAUCGUUAAAAAUUAUAAUAUUAUAAGACAUAUUAUCGUCACCCUCCCCUGACCUACCGACCUCGUACGAUUCACACGAUCAGUUCGUUUUUGCGAUUUCAAGUUUUGUGUGCUCCUACAUAAGCGUGUUACAGCAACGUCAUCGCAGAGCACUUCCGUUUUCCGAUGACAUGUGGUUUUUACUUUGAUAUCUACUCUUCGGUUGGUCACGAGGUCGUUGCGAGCGAUGCCGUAGCGGCGGUGCGGUGCCGGAAUGACAAACAGCCCUGGGGCCUACCAUGCCGCCGCCGCCGCCGAAAACAACCGUAACAUCGGUCACGCAGCUGCGACGUCUACGUCGACGACAGCGCAGGGACGCCGCAGUCAGGCCGACGCUUCUCACUACAUCAUGCCAGCGGACCCGCACAGUUGUUGUGACCCCGCUCCGACCGUGCUCUCGGGCGCCGGCAUAUGUCUGAUAGUAUUGGGCUAUACGAUGUUCGGCGCUUUCACAUUCAUGACGUUGGAAAACGGCGGCCGGGACAGCGUGCAAUCGAUCCGGGGUGGUCAGCAGCAGCACCCACAGCCCCAGCCACAGACCCAGCAACAGCAGCAACAGCAACAGCAGCACAACCAACCGCAGCAGCAUCAGCAACAGCAACAGCAGCACCAGCAACAGCAACAGUCGCAGUCGCAGUACCAGCUGGCCCGGAACGACAAGCUCAGGGCGCAGACGGUCGAGAAGCUGUGGAAGAUCACCGAAGACCUGAACAUCCUAUACCGGGACAACUGGACCAGGCUGGCCGAAGAGGAAAUCCUCAAGUUCCAGGACUCGUUGAUCAGGAAAUACGGGGGUCCCAACCAGACCGACCGGAGACACCGGUGGAACUUCGCGUCGUCGUUCCUGUACUCGUUGACGUUGAUCACCACUAUCGGUUACGGCAGCGUGACACCGCAGACACCUUGGGGCCGAGUGAUCACCAUCGUGUACGCGCUGAUCGGCAUUCCACUUAUGUUGCUGUACCUGUCCACGAUGGGCGAGACGUUGGCCAAGAACUUUCGGCGCGUCUACUCGAGACUGUGUUCCCCCGGAAACCGGGAAGACAGGGACGACGGAGGCGGCGGUGGUGGACGAGGCAGGCCGGGCGGUGGCAAGCGAGCGCCGCCCAACACGGUGUCCAGCAACCACGUGGGCGGCGGCGACUAUUACCGUCAUCCGUACGAGUUCGAAACCGUCUCGGGGGCGGCCGCAUAUUCGGACGUCGCAAACGUAGGCCUGUCGGGUGGUGGUGGACAGAAACGUGUCCCCGUGCUGCUGUCGCUGUCCGUGGUCGCCGCGUAUGUGGCGCUGGGUGCGUUCAUCUACCAGAAGCUCGAACGGUGGACGCUGCUGGAGGGCUCGUACUUCUGUUUUACCAGCCUGGGCACCAUCGGGUUCGGCGAGCUGGUGCCGGGCGGCGUCGAGUCCACCAAGGAUGUAUCCGUGUUCGUGUCGUCCGGUUACAUACUGGUCGGCAUGGCCGUGGUGGCCAUGUGUUUCCAGCUGUUGCAGGACGAACUGGCUGCCAUGUCGCGUAACUGCCGGUGGUGCUGCUGUUGGUGGUGGAUGUGGUCGCAGCAGCAGCACCAGCAGCAACUGCAGCACAAGGACAUCAACAUGGUCGUGUGCACGGUGGCCGGUGCCGUAGACGGCGGCGGUGGCUGCGACGACGACGACUGUGGCGGCGCAAUUUCGUCCGCAGCGCCUCACACGCAGAACCGUGGACGGCAGCCGCCCCACCCGCACAACCGAAACAACGGCGUGGCCGCCGGUUCCUGACACGGGGACUUUGGGCCACCGCCGUCGGACGCGACAGCCGCGGCGAUCGACCUGAAACCGUUUGCCCCCGCCACCGUCGCCGCCUCUACCUCCGCCCCCUAAACUGCCGUUAUUGCCGCCGCCCGCGUUCGACGACUGCGACGGCGGUAGCUGUGACGGAGGUUGCGGUGGCGGUGGUGGCAGUGGAGGCGACGAAGGUGGCCUGCCGCUCCCCCGCGCCCCCCGCCACCGUUCCAACGGCAGUCGGCCGGCCGGUGUUCCGUGCAGCAGCCCAUGAUGGGCCACCACCGGACCACGGCCCACUAUUCGGGCGGCGUCGUGUCCGAGUACUUCAUACCGCGCAGCGCCAGCGCGCAUGACCUGUGCUCGGCCAUCGAGAUGCAGAAGAUCCCGCCGCCGCUGCCGCCGUCCGCGUUACGGACGGCCGCGGCCACGCUCGCCCGGCCACCCCCGCCAGCCGGCCACGUGCCGCGACAAGAUGGUCACGUUCGAGGACGAAAAACGGGCGGCGUUCGACCACCACCAAUCGCAGCUGCAGCACCGCCGCCAGAACCAUCACAACCCGCACAACCAGCAGGAUCAGCAGCAGCAACAGCAACAUCACAGGUCCAGUGGAGAUUUGAUCGUGUAAGUGGUCUCUUCUUCUCGAGGCGGCGUGUACAGUUAUCGUUUUAUACAUAAUUAUUUAUAUAUAUAUGAACGUUAAUGUAACUAUAUUAUUAUAAUAUUAUAACAAUAUAUUAUUAUCUACCUAUUAUUAUUAUUAUUAUUAUUAUAAUUAAUUGUCGUAAAGUAAGUUUUGUAAUACUCGCCGUGACGCGUCGCUCAUUAUAUUAUUAUUAUUAUUGAUAUAUUAUUAUUAUGACAUUAAUAUUAUUAUUGUAUACAAAUAAUGUUCCGUCCGCCUCUGCGUGAUGGUAGGUCGUGUCAGAUCCCCAACAAACGUUAUAACCUAUACCGCGUUUCUGAACCAAGAUUAUACCUAUAUGCUAUACUGCAGCAGACUUGCCAACGAACUCGACAUUGUGCAGAAACCAUAUGUUGUUUGUUAAUCCAAGGGCAGCAGAAUCAAGUUUUUAUUCAGGUUUGUAGCUAUAAUUACCUAUGAUAAAAUAGAACUAUCAGCACAGUUUGGCCGACGGAUAAUAACCUACCCCCAAACCGUUAUAAUUAUAGCGUCUUUGAAAUCGAAAUUACCUAGGUAUAUACUGUAUACAGAAGACAAACCCACCAACUCAAAAUUAUACGGCAGUAACCGUAUUUUUUUGAAGAUUAUACUGAAUCAUAUUUUUUUCGGGUUCUUAGCCUAUGAUAAAACCUACUUAUCAGCACGGUUGGGCCGACUGUUAGUUUAAUGAUAUGAUACUAUACGAUAUUACGUGUAGAUCAUGACGUGUGUGAUAUUUUGAGGCGGCGGUCGCGGGACUCCAUGAACCAUAAUAUGUAAUAAAUUAUAAGUAUAAUAUUUUAUAUUGUAUACUAUAAAUUGUUAAACGCGAAUAAUAUUAUAAUAUACAUAAAAACUAUACGUACGCCGAUUUUAGUCGGCACCGUUUGGAAAUUCAUUUGUUCGGAUUUCCGUUUGUUUUUUUUUUUUUUUUUAAUGUUACAAACUGUUUAUUGAUACAUUAGUGUUAUUGGGAAUAAUAAUAAUAAUAAUAAUAUAACAUUUGAAUCCAAAACGUAUUCGACGAGUUGUUUUUAUUUUUUUUUUUU